AUGGCGGCCGCCGUUCACCCCCGAGUUGUCCGGGCCCUGCCAAUGUCGCGUCGCAUGGGGUCACAAGUGAUCGUCCCCUACCGGGGUGAGCCAUAUGAUACCAUGCACCUUCGCCCCAUGGGUUACCUGGGCCAGAUUAUCUUUCUGGAAUGGAAAGGGAGAGACAAGGACUCCAUCCUAAGCGCUGUGGAGCACAGCAACGUGGUCAUCAAUCUCAUUGGGCGAGAACGGGAAACCAAAAACUUUGGUUUUGAGUAUGUUUUUGUAAAGAUCCCCCAAGCAAUCGCUCAAGUGUCCAAGCAAGUUGGAGUUGAAAAUUUUAUUCACGUUUCACAUCUGAAUGCCGAUAUUUAAAGCCCUUCUAAAUAUCUGAGAAAUAAGGUUGCUGCAGAGAAAGAAGUGAGAGACACAUUUCCAGAAGCUACCAUCAUAAAGCCAUCGGACAUCUUUGGAAGAGAGGAUAGAUUCCUCAAUUAUUUUGCAAGUAUUCAAUGGUUUGGUGUUGUCCCUCUUAUUUCCUUGGGCACGAAGACAGUGAAACAACCAAUAUAUAUCGUGGAUGUCACCAAAGGAAUUGUUAAUGCAGUUAAGGAUCCAGAUGCCAGAGGGAAAACUUUUGCCUUUGUUGGGCCCAGUUGGUACGUUCUCUUUGACCUGGUGCAGUACGUCUUUGCCAUUGCUCACAGACCCUUCCUGGCAUACCCUUUGCCACAUUUUGCAUAUCGAUGGCUAGGUCGACUCUUUGAAAUGAGUCCGUUUGAGCCCUGGACCACGAGGGAUAAAGUGGAGCGAGUUCACAUCACAGACAUGACCCUGCCUCACCUGCCCGGCUUGGAAGGCCUGGGUAUUCAGGCCACGCCCCUGGAGCUCAAGGCCAUCGAGGUGCUGCGGCAUCACCGCACUCACCGCUGGCUGUCUUCUGAGAUUGAAGAUGUGAAGCCGGCCAAGACAGUCCCUGUUUAGUGGCCCCUGAGCUGCCCUUGGUUUUUGGUGUCAUUCAGGUCACUAGUGACCAGGCCACCUUCGGCAGAGA